AUGGCCAUGCGCGUGUUCUCGGGGAUCCAGCCAACGGGCGUCCCGCAGCUAGGCAACUACCUGGGCUCGCUGCAGAACUGGGUGAAGCUCCAGCAAAACAGCACGGCCGACGACUCGCUGCUGUUCAGCAUCGUUGACCUGCACGCGCUGACAGUGCCGCGCAGCCCGCAGAAGCUGCGGCAGGAGACGCUGGAGAUGGCAGCGUCGAUUGUCGCGUGCGGGGUGGACCCGAGCAAGUCGCUUUUGUUCCGGCAGUCGGCGGUGGCAGCGCACACGCAGCUUCUGUGGGUGCUCGGGUGCAUCACGCCGGUCGGGUGGCUCAACCGCAUGACGCAGUGGAAAAGCAAGCUGCAGCAGCAAGGGCAGCUUGUGGGCCAGACAGAGGCGCUCAACGUGCAUGCGCCGGCGGCCCAGGGCCUGCUGGCCGGGCUGUUCACAUAUCCGGUCCUGAUGGCGGCAGACAUCCUGCUGUACAAGGCCACGCACAUUCCGGUGGGCGACGACCAGGUGCAGCAUCUGGAGCUGGCGCGCGACAUUGCAGAGCAUUUCAACAAGACAUACAAGACGCGGCUGUUCCCGCUGCCAGCGCCGCUGCUGACCGAGUCCAAGCGCGUGAUGUCGCUGCGCGACCCACAGCGCAAGAUGUCAAAGUCCGACCCGAACGAGCAGCGCCGACUGACUCGAUCCGCGGGAUCACGUUCGAUGCGAAAGGAGCGGCCGGGCGUGGCCAACCUGCUGGCGAUCUAUGCGGCGCUCAGGGAGACCGAGUGCGAGCAGGCGGCGGCAGAGCUGCGCGACUGCUCCAAUGCCCAGCUGAAGGAGGCGGUGGCCGAGGCGGUUGUGCAGUUUGUCGGCCCGGUGCGCAGCGAGAUGCAGCGGCUGCUGGCGAAUGCCGGCGAUCUGGAGAAGAUGCUGGCCGAGAACGAAGAAAAGGUCAAUGGCAUUGCAAGGGCAAACUGGAAAGAAAUCGCCACGUGUGUUGGGCUUCAAUAA